AUGCCAGCGAUAUACACGGAGACAAAGCGGUUUUCUUAUACGAAAAGCCCGAACUAUCGCCGUAUCCUGAAGGCGCCCGAUCGACCAAUCGCCAUCCGCAAUGAGUAUGUGACCGAGUCGAAGGUAUCCCUAAUUCUGAGGCCGCUGGGCGACGCUCAAUCGCAGACGGCGUACAGAAUCGAGGAUGAAGAUGGGGUGACUAUGUUCACGGUGACCGGUCGCAAGUCCAGCGACCGCUCGUGCCGGGAGUUUCGUGAUGCCUCAGGGUUGCCAUUGUUCGAGCUUCACCGAAAGAUGUCCUUUAAGAAUGUUUGGUCCGUGACGCUGCCCGGAAGUAGUAUCUCCAAGAUCGCUACCGGUGCCCCGCGACUGAUCUUCAGCCGUGGCGGCUCGGCUUACGGAAGCUUCAAUAUCACGUUCAAGAACGUAGCUGCCAUGGAAUCGAAGCCGGAUGAAGAGAAGAGGCUCACAUUGAACAUCGAAAGGCAUGGCAACGCCCUAGCGCUGUUCGAUGUGGUGGAUGGGGACCGGAAAGUGGCGGAAGUGCGCGAGAGUCUCGCCCAUAAUAAGAAACUGGCCCUCUUCCCGGAAUCGCGGCGCGGUUAUCGCCCGGUUCUUGAAGUGAUGGUCACUCCUGGUGUGGACUUGUCCUUGAUUGUUGCAAUUGCUGUUAUGGCGUCGGACUGGGUUUUCAGCGCGAACUAUUAA